GCUCUCGGCGGGUUGUAUGAACGUUCUAUGCGCGCUCCGGGCGGGGGCGGAGUCGGAAGCGGAAGCGGCGGCUGGGCCUGAGCUGAGGACACGGGGAGACCCAUGGCGGAUCCGGCGCCCCCCGCGGCCGAGCUGGCCCUGCGGCGCCGCCUGCCCCCCCGCCUGCCGCGGCGCCCGGGCGACGUCUACGUCAACAUGCAGACGGAUUUCAAGGCGCAGCUGAGCCGGUGUCAGAAGCUGCUGGGCCCCGGCGGCGGCUGUGCCGAGAUCUGCAUCCACGGGCUGGGCCUGGCCAUCAACCGGGCCAUCAACAUCGCCCUGCAGCUCCAGGCGGGCGGCGCCGGCGCCCUGCGGCUGGCCGCCAACACCUCCACCGUGCCGCUGGCCGACGGGCUGGAGCCCCAGGGCGACGAGGACGGGCGCCCGCCCCUCGCCCGGGCCCGCAACAACUCUGCCAUCCACAUCCGGGUGUGCCGGGCUGUGCCCCCGCCCUGAGGGCGGGGGCGGGCCCCCCCGGCGCGGAGCUUGGCCCCGGACACCCCUGUCCCGGCGCGGAGCCGGUCCCCGAGCACGGAGCGAGUCCCUGGACCCUAGCCCCCUGGCACGGAGCCUGGCCCCGGACACCCCUGGCCCCGGACACCCCUGUCCCGGCGCGGAGCCAGUCCCCAAGCACGGAGCCAGUCCCUGGACCCUAGCCCCCUGGCACGGAGCCUGGCCCCGGACACCCCUGUCCCGGCGCGGAGCCGGUCCCCGAGCACGGAGCCAGUCCCUGGACCCUAGCCCCCUGGCACGGAGCCUGGCCGCGGACACCCCUGUCCCGGCACGGAGCCGGUCCCCGAGCACGGAGCCAGUCCCUGGGCCCUAGCCCCCUGGCACGGAGCCUGCUUUGGCACCCCAGGACAGAGCCGUGGCACGUAGACUGCCCCGGAGCCUGCCCCCACUGGAAGGGAGCCGACCCCCCGAUCCCCUCCACUGGCACAGAGCCACCCCCAAGCACACCUGUCUGGCUAUGUUUAUAAGGGGGGGGGCUUGACCUUUAACCCCUUUCUGGACCACUGCCCACCCAUCCGCUCCUCUCCUCCCCACACCCAGCGAAGACUGAACACCUCCCCGAAUUGGACGCUGGAGCCCGAGGGGAUGCAGAUAGGGGGGUGGGAUUCUGACUUUGGGGUGAUGGGGGGGCUGGGGAAAGGGACCCCCCCAUCCUUGCCAGGACCUGGCUCAUGGCCUCCAUCUGUUGGAUUAAACAAUAAAAGUGACCAGUGACUUGGUCAGCAUGGACUUGC